UGCUUCUCUCUGUCAAGAACACUCGCUAGCGUUCCAGGUACAUAACUCUAUUUGCUGUGAAUGACUGAACUGACCGCUGCUCAAUCCAUAUAAGCUUAAAUCCAGCCGCCAGGUGCUUCCUGUAUUGAGUUGAUAUUGAAACCAACAAGUCAGGCGGUCUAGGUCGAAUCCAAGAGAGACAGAAGUGUGGUGUCAGUCCUGCAUUUCAAGCUGUUUCAUUGGAUCCAGUUUGAGUACUCCGUACAAACCAGGUACACUACUUACACCAAUUGUCCCCGGCGUGGAGAUAUAGGUAGCCUGCCGGUAUGGCAGACCUACUCUAUGACUUGCUCACGACGCCGGGGCAGUCGACCUCCCGGACUCCAGCAGACGCGAGCGCGUUGGAGUACCUCACAAGCCUGGCAUCGCAACCGCUUUCCUCCCUUUCGUCAGGCGAGCCGCAAGCACUCGCACAGGCGUCUCACGGGCUCCUGCUCUCGCUACAAGCCCUCUCCAAGAAGUCCCACAAGCAAAUCAUCGAGUCGGCUUUGCAUCAUGCUACACUGCGCAGCACACUCCCCGCGCUGGCGGCAAGCACGGCCGAGCUGCGCAACUCGAUCCCGAAGCUCGACAGCGAAGCAGUGCGCUUCUCCACCACAUACAACAAGAGCAGCGACAGCCAUGUUCUCGCACGGCGCCGAAAGGCGCUUCUGCUUUCACGCAACGUAGAGCGGCUGGUCGACGUGCUUGAGCUGCCGACGCUUCUGUCGUCGGCCAUCUCGACGGUUCCCCCAAACUACUCGUCGGCGCUGGAUUUGAAUGGCCACAUCCGCCGGCUGCACUCCAUCUAUCCCAACUCACCCCUCGUGUCGUCAAUAUCCGCUCAAGCCGACGAGGCCAUGCGCACCAUGGCCGCCAAUCUCAUCCUGUCCCUGAAAGCGCCGGGCCUGAAGCUUGCCGCUUCGCUGCGAACCAUCAGCUGGCUACGGCGCGUGUUGCCGGAUCUCGAAGCAGCAUCGUCUAGUCCCGUAGCUGGACAGGAUUCGCAGGAGCGGGUACUUGGGGCGCUCUUCCUUGUGUGCCGCUUAGCGACCCUCAUGACGAUGCUUGAAGCCCUCGAGCCGCUGCGGGAACUGGCCGACCAGGAAAAGUCACGGCAAGCCGCCAUGGCCAGCAACGGUUCCUGGUCUGGAGGACAGCAGACGGAGCGGUAUCUGAAGCGCUACAUUGAGAUCUUCCGCGAGCAGAGCUUCGCCAUAGUCUCCAUGUUCAGGAGCAUUUUCCCCACGGCGACGGCAAUGGCUAGUGACGGGCCGGCGACACAGAACAUUGACCCCCUUGAGCCAAUGCCUUCAGCUCUAGCCACGUUUCCACUCUAUCUGGUGGAUAUGCUGCUCGAGACGCUACGGAUCUAUCUGCCAGCGGUGAAAGACCAGGCGGCGAGAGACAGCCUCCUUACCCAGGUGCUGUACUGCGCGGGCAGCCUGGGCCGGCUAGGAGGGGACUUUGGGUUGUUCCUGGCGACGCUGGACGUUGGUGUAGAGGCGGAAGAAGAGUGGGUUGAGGUUGUAAAGCGGCAUCGGGCUCUGGCCGGCCGGCUAGAGUCAAUAGUGGGCGAGCAGAAGAAGGGGGGUUAGACCGUUAGUAGCGGUUCGUAAAAGUCGCUGUAAUGUACGAAAUGCAAGACCUGACUAAUUUACACUAUGGGUAUUGCACCGUUGACAAUCAUUUACUAGGACUACUGAGUCAUAUUGAAACACCGUGACUCGAUAGUGUCCAAUAUUGCCAGUAUCGAAUCAGCUCGGAGCGUUCGUCCGUUCUUUUCCACGCUUCGCUGC